AUGGCAGCUUCUCAGGAAUCUUUGACCUUCAAGGACGUAUCAGUAGAUUUCUCUUUGGAGGAAUGGGAAUGCCUAGACCCAGCUCAGCGGAAAUUGUACUCAGAUGUGAUGCUGGAGAAUUACAGCAACCUGGUCUCCCUGGGUCUUGUUGUUUCUAAGCCAGGCCUGGUCACAUUUUUGGAACAGAUGCAGGAGGUCUGGGAUGUUUCCAGAAAAAAGUCAAUAUCCACCCCCCCAGGUAGGUGA